UAUCCGAGGAUUACCUUCCGACCUUGAAUUUGUUUCCAUCCUAUUAGCUUCAUUUAUUCCCCAUUUACUUUCACUUCCCCUCUUUUCCUCACUGUUUUAUAUAUACGAACACGUUUUCCCGUAUUUAUUAGUCCGAUAUCUGUCCGACUGUUUUGUAUUAACUGCAGCCUUACAACAUGAUUUGUCAUAAGGAAAUCACAGGCCUUCUCUUCACAACUUUGAUUGCAGUAAAUCUGUUGGGUUCAGCGCAAUCGUCAGGGGCUUGCGAUAUGCCGAAGGAGACAAAAAUUGUGAUUGUUGGAGCUGGGGCAUCUGGCAUUGCGGCUGCCUCCAGGCUGUUGAAAAGAGGAGUGAGCGACUUUGUGAUACUAGAGGCCAACGAUAGAAUUGGUGGCAGAAUAAAUACCAAAAACUUUGGUGAUAAUGUGGUGGAUCUCGGCGCUCAAUGGAUCCAUGGAGGAUCUGGAAACGUGGUGUUCGAUCUUGCCUCCAAACAUGAUUUGCUGAGUUCAGACGCAUUUUUGUUCAAUUCCACCAAGUAUGAAUUUGCCACUGUUGAUGGUGAAAUAAUGCCCGUGGAGGAAAGUAGCGCAGCUGUGAGGAUUCAUCGUAAUAAUAUGGCUAAAAUAAAACCGGAGGAUUACAAAGAGGUAACAGGAUCUAAUGGAGACUACUUAAUAAAGAAGUGAGUACUUGGGUUUUUGUCCAGGAAAGAUAUGUAUUUAAAUAAUUGCAAUACGAAUUAUUUGGAAAAUAAGUUAAAGCAUGAGCAA